AUGAACCAGUCGCCGAACGCCCCCAAUAUCGGUUCUCUUCUGGUGUACAGAAGACCCAUCAUCAAUCUCUCCCCGAAUUUCCAAAGCUUAGUUUACGAUGGCCGUGAAAAAUCUCCGAUGGAGAAGUCCGAGAUUCUUCCAUGGACAAAAUUCACGUUUGAAAACAUCACGAAUGCAUACGGCGAUAUUCUAGAACAGGCCACAAACAGCAACCGACCGGAUGAGGUGCUAGAGUUCGACUGCGAGAACCAUUCCAUGAUGGUACAGAUAUUUUACGAGGCGUUCCUCAAAGAAACUGCAAUUAGUUUGGCCAUCAGCUUGGGCAAACUCAGCAUCAGUCCCAGGUUUUCCUGGUUCCGCGGCACAGAUAUGUAUCUGGCAUUUGCUGAAGCGAGAGAAAUGAAAGAGAAACUCCCUAAGCGCGCUCACCAGUUCGAUUUCGGCGACGAGGAUCGCGUUCAUGUCUUAUACGACGCAAACGAAGAAAUCCGUAAUCCCUUUCUUGCUACCGUCAUCGUUGUACCCUCAUGCACAUGGGAGCCAGACUCCCUUGUCACCGCAAAUCGUGACAGACAACCCGAGCUUGGUCCUAUCGAACAACUGGCUGCCUGUGCCAAAAAAACCAACACUUGUCUCUCGCUCAUCUUGGGGGACAAGGAUAUUGUCGUCCUGCAAUUCUUCAAGACCGAAGCUGGGAGGAUGGGGAUGUACUAG